AUCAACAAGUCCCGGCCCACAUGCAACCGGAUCCAAACCCGGUUAACUCAACGACAACUCUACAGUAGCCAUUCUGUGUGAUUUGGUUACAGAAGGUAUCACGUUUCACUUGAGCGAAUUGGACGACGAGAGUCAUAUUCUUGGCUGUCAUUUUCCGCUAUCCCUUACCGAUAAUUGAUAUGUCCCUUUUCGUUUUCGUUGUGGCGAUCCUUACCGCUUCAAGUCUCCCUGCAUAGUGUGUGCCGUUAUGCAUUGACAGAAACAAAGUGCAGCUUGGCCACCUCUCACUUCUCGGGGAAUCAGAUUCGGAUGCAGUGCGCUUGUUGACCGCGGCCUGCCGCAUUGCCCGCCUCUGCGAGUAGGAGAAAACCACCGCCUCGAUGGGUCGAAUACUCUGGAUCCACAUGGCAUCGGAGGCUGCCCGCUCUGUGCGCCACUGCAAAGGGAUACGCGCCACUCCGAUCUGUGCCGACCACAUCGAGGGCAUCACCCCUCUGAGCCUGAUAGUCUUCUCAUCCGACCAGCCUCCCAUGUCGUCUGCUCCACCAGCGUGCUCCUUUGAUGAUGAGGUAGAUGCGGGAGAAUCCAUCAUGGAAGGCAACCUUCCUGAGUUGCUCGCGCAAGAUCUCGAAGCUUCAGGAGCUAUCUUCACGUCUAGAGACAUGACCGCUGGUUGUCCGGGGACCGGUCUCGCAGCGCCCGGCUUAGAUGCGAGUCCUUCGUUCGAAAGGCUGCGUCUUUCUUACCGCACAAGCUACCGCCACUGUCCGCAACAAGAGGUUUCCAUGAACCUGCUUCAUCUGGAGUCGCUUGUGAUGGAUGAAGCAGCAUCAUGCUUCGAGCACCAUGACGACGGGCAGCAACGGGGCGUCAAAGAGCGAUCACCAGAUUCAUCCAGUGUUACGUCCAUAGCAAUGGAUCCUCUCUUCAUCCGAACUCGACAACCAUCCGUUACCACGGCGGCCACGUCGCUUUCUGGCCGCUGCUCCCUAUUUUCCUCGCACAACCCGCUGACCCCAAAUUGCUCUCAACGCUCAGCCCGCUCUUCGAGCAGACGCCGCAGUUCGCCCGGCACUUGGUACGAAGCGGACCCGGAGUCGCCGCGGGGCGGACUCAGCUCAGUCUCUACAGCAAGAACUUCGAUUUCUGAUUCGUACGCACUCGCAUCACACCUUGGCGACAACCCCAUCAUGAGUACAUCACCGAAAUCGACUGCCGACUGGGUGGAGAUGCCCACUAUGACUGCUCUAAACUCUCCCGGAAGCCGCUCUGGCCAUACCUCACAGUCGCGUACUCCCGCCAGCCAACUACACCUAGAGAAGCCUCGGAUUGUUACCAUUCCGCCAGCAUCCAUGAGCCGGAAAAAUGCGGUGUCGGCCAAAGAGAGCCGCUACGGUGCAGAGCCGAACCCUAUGACGUCGGAGACCCAGGGAACGGCGGCCGUUCCGGCCGUUAUCGAGAGGCAACGGCAUGGCAACCGCUUUCUAGAUUUACAGUCUGAACUCAGUAUGCCUUUGAUCGCGAUGGCUAACGGCCGUACCAUCAUCGAUGCAUCUGGACCACCCUCGACGGGCUUGGCGAGGCAUCCAGUUGAGCCGGAUAGGAGCGUGAUUUUUGACGAUAGUGAAACUGGCGCAGAGACGCACGGCGAAGUACUUACAGAGGCUCGAAAGCUAACAUUCGCAAGUUUUCGCCGCUGGGUAAAUUCCGGUGCUGAAGCCCCGACCUCACCGCAGAAUCUCAAACCUCAACCGCCAAACGCGCCGUCGCCUGGAAUCCCGCUGCCUCCAGAGGUGAUAGAGUCCCUGCGAGUGUCCAUAGCAUGCUUCCCAGAAACGAUGCUUCUCACAUCAAGCCUCUCGAUCGAGACUAUACGUGCGUACUCCAAAAGGUUGAAGCACCGCACAACAGACUUAGAGCGCCACUUUGGGAGUACCCACAAGGGGUCGAUCUACCCGUCAAGCUCUCGCAGCGAUGGACCGAACAAGCGCUGGAACGUGACGUGGCUAGGAACUGGGCGAAGCAGCAACUCUUCCCAGUAUCACCAGCCUCCUCCACCCGGAUCGUGGUCCCAACAACAACACGCCUACCCCUUGAGUCAAAGCCAUCAACCACCAAUCGCCGGCGGCGAUUCCACACUGUCCCUGGGCCCGAUUUGGGCCCCAAUCAGAAACGUCUUUACUUCCGCAUCCGACUACAUGUGCGACGCUCUCUACGCACACCUGCUCGCCCACAACUACAUCACGUCCCUCUUACCCCCUGCCCGGCCUGUGUCACCUCCGCCCACUCCACCGCGACGACCGAGCACAGGCACAGGGAUGGGUCAUCCGCAGCGACGUCACGAAUCAGCAGACGCCAACGAAAGUAGGAACCUCAAGAUCCCGCAGAAAGCCGCCAGUCUGUUGGGCAUGGACGACCCCGUCUCCACGAGGGCCGCGUACCACCAGCAGCAGCAGCAGCAGCAUCAGCAGAAUCAGCGUUCCAAGGGAGGACGUGGCCUGCUCAGUCGGCGGUUCGGUAGUAACCGGGCUGCUCAAGAUAUUUUCUCGCUUUCGUCGCGGCCCGGUACCCGCAGCGGAGUUGGGGGUUGUAUGAAGGGCCAGGAAGGUACGGCAUCGGUGGCGGUGAUGAGGGAGAUUCAGGCCGGGUUGGGGAGGUGUAUUGCCUUGUUGGUCGCGACAAUGAAUAAGGAGACUACCGGAGGAGGGCUAAGGGGCGCUUUUGAUGAGGAUGAGAACGAGGAUGAGGAUCACAAUGGGUUGGUGUUGGUUGCCCGGGACGGGGACGCGGAGAAAUGGGAUGGCGGAGAGGUGGACGAGAGGGUGCAGCCUGUGCUUAUGAGGGCGCUUUACGAGGUUGUGAGGUGUGCUGAGGCGGUGAGCUUCUAA